UUCUACAAUUUUCGACAUCUCUUUGAAUUUUGCAAGUGCACUCCCUCCUAAUUUUAGUCCGAGGUCUCAUCGGCUGUUGCACACACUCCACUCUCCGGACCCUUGAGAGUUCGAGGCGUAUACACUUUACAGGAGGUGUCUUUCUGGUCAGACGAUUCAGAUAUUGAACAAUAAUGGAGGAAGACGACGGAGCUCCAUCAGGGCGGUCGUCACCACCGACACCAAAAAAGGUUAAGCUGGAGUCAGAGGAACCAAAAGAAUUAUUGAAGGCUGAGGAUCAUUCUGAAGAUGAAUCUGAGGAAAUCGAAGAAGAUGAAGAUGAAGAGGAAGAUGGAGAUGGAUCACCACAGUUGCCGCCGUUAUUGGACAUGAUUGACCUUCCACCCGCUUCCACUUUACCUCCUACUCCGCCUCUUCCGUCUUCCCCUAGAGAUUUAAACAUGGAGCAACAAGAUUCUGAAGAUGAAGGACCUCCACCUGGAUGGGAUAACACAUAUCAGCUACAAGAACAAGUGGAGCAUAUGCUUACACCUGCAGCUGUUUCAGCAAUUUCAUCAGACAUAUCAGAUAUAAGGAUGGAGGAUUUGCAACAAGAUGGCCGGAAUGGAGAGGAUGCUGCACCAGAACUAAUUGCUUCAGAUAUGAAGGUGGAAGAACAAGACUCAGAGGAUGAAGGACCUCCACCUGGAUGGGAUUCCAAGUGUCUACCCGAAACUGAAUUACAAGUGGCAUAUCCACAAAUUACUCAAUCAGAUAUAAAGACGGAGGACUUGCAAGAAGAUAUCAGGAAUGGGAAUGGGGCUACUACUGCACCGGAACUAGUUCCAUCAGUGAACUCAGAUAUGAAGGUGGAAGAACAAGAUUCAGAAGAAGACGAAAGACCUCCACCUGGAUGGGAUUCCAAGUGUCAGCCUGAACCUGAAUUACAAAUGCCAUUUCCAACUCCAACAAUUACUCAGUCAGAUAUGAAGACUGAGGAAGUGCAACAAGAUGCUCCCCAACCACAACUAGUUCUAGUUCCAUCAGAUAUGAAGGUGGAAGAACAAGACUCAGAAGAAGAUGAAGGUCCUCCACCUGGAUGGGAUUCCAAGGGUCAACCCCAACCCAAAUCAACAGAUAUGCAGACUGAGGAUGCGCAACAAGAUGCCUGGAAUGGACAACAUCCUACUCCCCAACCACAACUAGUUCUGUCAGAUGUGAAGGUGGAAGAACAAGACUCAGAAGAAGACGAAGGACCUCCACCUGGAUGGGAUCAGCCCCAACCCGAAUCAACAGAUAUAAAGACAACAGAGGAGAUUCAACAUGAUGUUCAAAAUGGAGAUGGGCCCCAACCCCAACCCCAACAACCACAUGAUGGUCCAGCUCCAGCACUUGAACUAGCUCCCUCAGGGUGUGAGAAGUCAGCUAUAAAAGUGGAAGAACAAGACUCAGAAACAGACGAAGGAGCGCCACCUGGAUGGGAUUCCAAGUGUACUCCUCCAUCAGAGUCGAAGAUUGAGGAUGAUCAACAAAAACAACAAGAUGAAGAUGGGCAAGGGCAAGGGCAAGGUUGGGGUUCAAGUUCAACUCCACAACCUCCUCCUCCUCAUUCAAUAGGUGAAAGAAUGGGAACGGAGUUUGAACAAAAACAAAAGAAUGUGGAGGCUGCUGUUGUUGUAGAACUAGAAAGGCCUCAAUCACAACCACAACCACCUUCAAGACAACAGCCCCCAUCCACAACAACAAAAAAAACUAAUAAUCCUAUUCCUGAAGAAAUGGGACAAAUGGUGUGUGGUUCUUGUAGACGAUUACUCAGCUAUCCAAAAGGUGCUCGCUAUGUCGAGUGUGGAUGCUGUUUGGAAGAAAAUUACGUCCUCGAAGAACAUGAAGUAGGGCAAGUGAUAUGUGGAGGUUGUGACGUGCUGCUAAUGUACCCAUACGGGGCACCAAAAGUUAGAUGUGUAAAUUGCAGCACCGAAACUGAAAUCGGAGAUCAAAAUCGGCGUCCCCCACUUUCUGAACAGCAGCGGCGAGCCCGACGCCACUUGAGGCGUGUGCAAACGGGCUUCAAGUACUAACACUUGAUACAUGCUAUGCUAACUCCUUAAAGCUCUCACCAAUCCUCAAAAUUAUUAUUAUUGUUAUUAUUUUUACUGUAUAUGGUUUCCAGUUCUUAUCAACCUCAUCUUUUUCUAGAUUAACAUAGAAAAUGUGAUUCAAAGCGUAUGACUUCUUUAUCUUAUCAUCUUAAACCUUAUAUUAAA